AUGGCCGCUAUUUUAUCUCGCACAAUUCGUUUGACAUGGACUUUGAACUGUAAAAUAUUAGCCACUGACUUUGCAAGUGACAAUUUAAUAAAAGCCAUGGAGUCAACGAGCUGUUUCAUCGGCAAAGAGGACAAUCAUAAUGGUAUUUUGGUGGAUUCUACCAAAGAACCCUGCUCAGCUGAUGAUGUUGUCAAUCGUUUGAGAGCUUCUCUCACUGACUGGAGCAAAAACAACAAAAAAACAGUUUGGUUUCGGGUCGAGAGAAAUGAUGCUGACUGGAUUCCACUUUUGGUUAAAGAAGGAUUUUUAUUUCACCAUGUUAAAGAACAAUUUGUAACAUUGUAUCGCUGUUUAACGUCAGAUAAAAAUAUUCCUCCUUAUGCUCACACAAAUUUAGGCGUAGGAGGUUUUGUAAUAAAUGAUAAAACUAAUGAGGUAUUGGUUAUUAAGGAAAACUAUUCUAAUAAAGCUGCUAAUAGGGCUACCAGGUGGAAAUUACCUGGAGGUUACGUCGAACCAGGUGAAAAUAUACCUGAAGCUGUUGAAAGAGAAGUAUUCGAAGAAACUGGAAUUAAAGCCAAAUUUAAAUCUCUUGUGGGAUUCAGACACGCACAUAAUUAUGCCUUUGGAUGCAGUGAUAUCUAUUUCGUAGCAAGAUUGGUUCCUGAAACAUUACAAAUAAAUAAAUGUACCCAAGAAAUAGCCGAAGCUGUUUGGAUGAAACUGGAAGACUAUGCAAACAGUCCAGAUGUUUAUAGAUUAAAUCGGUUUAUUGCCAAAAAAAUGAUUGAAUUGUUAAACAGUAAUACGGAAAUCGGAUUGGUUAAUGGUGAGCGACCGAAUUCGACCGAGCCGAUUUGGAUUUAUGUAAUAACUAAUCAAGAUGAUAAAAAAGAUUUAUCACCUGUUAGAAAUUAA